AUGUUACAGAUCUGGUCAGAGGAUAUUCGGGAGUCUUCGAUUUUAUCAACAAGAAAUUUUGACCAAGCUUUAACUGCUGGUUGUUGGAGCCCAUCUCGUCCCUCUGUGUUUUUUGUCACUAAAAGCAAUGGGUACUUAGAUGUGUGGGAUAUUCUUUUCAAACAGAUAGACCCAACUCUGUCUAUCAAGGUGGCUGAUGAAGCAUUGGCCAGUGUAGGAGUUCAUGAAGAAGGACAUCUGGUAGCCUGUGGUUCAGAUAAAGGAGUUGUCUCCUUAUUAAAGUUGUCCUCAGCUCUAUCAAACAUGAAUAAAAAUGACAAGGCUCUCAUGACAUCUUUAUUAGACAGAGAAUCUCGUCGUGAAAAGGUAAUAGAGGCAAGAAACCGAGAGCUUUGGCUUAAGGAGAAAAUGAAAAAUUCUGUUACAGUGGAACAUGAAGAUGUGAAAUUGGAAGAAACUCAAGAAACUGAUUUAAUCAAACAAGCAGAAGAAGACUUUUUUAAUUUCAUAAAUAGUGUAUCCAAACAGAAAGAAGGAGCAGAGUCUAAAGAAGUAGAUAUUGUCAUUGAUUAGUUCGUAAGGUUUAAGAUUUAUUGAAAUUAUUAUUUGUGUCCAAAGUAUAAUAAACACCAUUUACAAAAUUUCAAACAGUGUAAAACAACAAUGAUAUUGUGGUUUGGAAAACUAAAUAGCUUUAACCAUC